UGCAAAUAAUCAAAUAACCUUGGAAAUGAAACACACCGUACGUAUAAGCCCUAAAGCAAAACAUGUAAACAUGACAUUUGCAUCCAAAUCGCAGAUAAAACAGCGGGCUAUUACUGCCACUUCAGACGCGAUGCUGCAUUACAGAAGGAAUAGCGAUGAAGAUGCCACGUUGUCCGCCAUCGUGGAUCGAAAUCCCGCCCUCUUCCCGCGAGAUUACCUGAAGCCGUUCCAAGCGCAAGAUUUUCCUUUGGGCGUUCGUCGUUCGCAGGUCAUGUGGGACUCGCAGCGCGAGUUACUGCAGCGCGCCACGGAAGCAACGAAGCGGAUGGAAGCAGCCAAGGCGCGAUUCUACGCUUGGCCAUCGCGUCACCAAGCGACCAACCAGUGCCAAAACAGAUUUAUCAUGGAUAAAUAUCGUGACUGGGCGAAGGUGGCCGGUGAGGGCACAGUAUCAAAAAGUCAAAUGCCCAAGAACGGCAGUCGUAAAGUUCAUUUCAGUAAGGACAUUGAGGUUAUAAGAAUAUAGACCAGAGACGUGAACACACUGUAGUGAAAAGCCAGCACUCAAUGUAUAAUUCCACGAUUUAUAUAUAAUUUAAGGUGGCCAAAGCUUGGACAUUUCAAGUAACAUUAUUUCCCACGCUGGCCCUCUCUUGCCAUCUGAAAUACAGACAUAAUUUCCCCAGGCAUCAACUUCCAUUUAACUUCGACUUCAAACAAUUUAUCAUCGACCACCUUUAUAGGGAAGCAAGAUGGACUUUGUACAUAAUACUUGGCCAAGCACGACGAUCAUACGACUUUGUCGCCCAUGCUUAGUAUAAUGUGCAAAAUUAAAAACUAGACCAUCAUGCGGCAAUAAUAACAUCAAUAAUAUCUUGAACACUUUCUUUCUUCUUUU